AUGGAACUUGAGGUCAGAGACAGACAAAUCUCUAGAGGGGACGAAGAUAUUAGAAGGAGAGUUGACCAUGAGAAUCCAAACAACAUCAGAAUUGUUCUGAUUGGAAAGACUGGCAGUGGAAAGAGUUCAUCAGGAAACACCAUCCUGGGAAGAAAGAAGUUUGAAGCAAAAUUGAGUCAAAAAUCUGUCACAAAGGAAUGUGUGAAGAAAAAGACUGAAAUAGAUGGACGGCCAGUUUUUGUGGUUGACACACCUGGACUUUUUGACAACAGUUUAAGCCUUGCAGAAGUUCAGGGUGAGCUGGUGGAGUGUGUAAAGCUCCUGGCUCCAGGUCCUCAUGUCUUCCUGCUGGUUGUACAGAUCGGCAGAUUCACAGCAGAGGAGAAGAAGACGUUGGAAAUGAUCAAUGAUAUAUUUGGGAAGAAUUCAGAGACGUUCACCAUCGUUCUUUUAACUGGUGGAGAUUUCUUAGAGCAAGAUGGCAUCACUGUUGAAGAUUAUAUUGAAAAAGAAAGUGAUGAUUCUUUCAAGAAUCUGAUCACUGACUGUGGAGGAAGAUACCAUGUGUUUAAUAAUAAGGAAGGAGAAAAUCGUUCUCAGGUCAGAGAGCUGGUCAGAAAGAUCGACGACAUGGUGAAAGAAAAUGGAGGAAGUUUCUACACCAAUGAGAUGCUGCAGGCGGCCGAAGCUGCCUUACAGAAGAAAAUGCAGAAAAUUUUACUGCAGAAAAUUGAGGAAAAUAUCAGAAUAGAAAAUGAGCUGAGAAAGAAAGAGCAGGAAUAUAGGAAAGAGAAACAAAGGCUGAUGGAGAGAGAACAACAAGACUGGCGGGAAAAAAGACAAAGAGAAGAAAAAUGGAGACAGCAGAGGGAGGCGAUAAGAAUUAAUAAUCUCAAAGAAGAAUAUGAAAAGGAGAAGAGAAUUAGAAGAGAACUGCAUGAGAAGGAACUCAGAGAGCUGGAGGAGACAGCAGAUUAG